GGUGCGAGAUUUUUCUUCCAAUAAGGCGCACAAAUGAUGGAACACGAGACUCUUAAUUUGCCGAGCCCGAAAGGCGACCUGGAAGAGGGAGAAUUAUCCGAUAGCGAUAGCGAUGGAUACACUCCCCUGGCCCGUCCGGAGCAGACCAAGAACGAGUUUGCAUCCGUCUCCGUUAGUUUGCCGCGGCAAAUGGACAUCGUCUCGGAUGAGCAUGACGAUGACGAGCUGCAUCAGGAGAAAAGUGAUUCCGAUGGUAGUUCGGAUGAAAGCGGCAGUGGCAACAUACGGCUCGGAUCGAUCUGCUUCCCGAAACGAAUGCGAGGACACCCAGCACGGAUCAGUGGCCUUAAAAGAUCGCUCCAUCCGACGGUUUCCAGCACCGUUUCGAGCAACGCAAGUGUUCCGCCCCGUGCUACCACCACGGCUGCUAUUGCUGGCCGACCGAACAAGUAUAACAUAUGGACGGAAAGUCUACAGGAGGACACCCUGAUGGAAACGAUGCGAGGUUGCGAUGUGACAGCGAACGGGAUGCGGAACCGGGAUGUGGAAUCGUACGAUUAUAAACUACGCGAACGGUUGCAGAGUGGAAAUGCAUUCGAACGACUAAAACGUCGCCAAUCGAAUUCGGAUGAUUCGGAUGGAUAUGCUGGUGGUGGGAAGCGUAUGCGAACGUCGCACAGUUCGUACCCGGAACAGGUGGAGAAUCGAGAACGGCGGGGCAGUGUAAAGGAUCGAAUCGGCAAACGAAAUACCAGUACCGAUAGUAAUAGUGACGACUGUGCACAAAAUGCUCCAAGAUUCGAUUUCAGGCACAUACCAGAUCUGAAUGUGGAGGAGGACUGUACCAGCGAGCAGUUCGGGAUAGAGCUAGCGGGCAAGCUGAACGAAACUCACACGGAUUUAAUGGUGCGUGUAGUAGAAGCGCUCGGCAAGGAGAUACCACUGAAGCUUUUCAAAGAAACACAGAAAAUCGAAGCAGAUGGAGGGAUGCUUGUCAUGAAAGGCUGGCGACGACGCACACCGGGCGGAGUGUUUCUUUUCCUGCUGAAGCACUGCGAGCAGGUGGAUCCGGAGCUUAAAAAGACCAUCUUCCAGGAGGACAAAAAAGCGAAACAGAAAGAGUGGAAGCUGACGAAAAGUUUGAACCGCGACAAAAAGGUGGAAGAGCUGAAGAAAACGCUUAACCGCCAGGUGGCAACGAACGAUGCCGAGCAGCCAUCGUUACCGAUCAUGUCGCAUCUGAAGGCGGAAACACACAGCACGCUAUCAAAUCCACCACCGUCACCGGUGGGAGAGGAAAACUUCGAGGGUGGUUCCGAUUUUGAGGCACGCAACAUCCACGUAAACGUAACCACGAGCCCAGAAAAACCGUUGCACACAGCCGACAAAGAUUUGGACGUCUGUCCCGAGGACACGUGCCGGCUACUGUUGCCGGACGGUCCGACACCGUUGCGCAGCUUGACCAGCUAUCAAGAGGAUUGUCUCGAUAUUACGUGUGAUGAUAUGGAUCUCUUUUAGCGACAAACGCGA